AAAAAAAAAAAAAAAAAGUAAUUCUAAAUUACUCCAAAAAGGCCAAAAUGCUCCUUGCUGGCUUGGCUGAGUGCAGGAUAAAAUGUGGAGGGCCUGGAUGGACUUGCCCCUUCCUACCGGGAAGCACACAAGUUUUCUUGCUGGAAAAGUAGACCUUUGAGACUUCUCCGUUGUGCUAACUUAUUCUCCUUUGUCUUCACAGAGACUAAUAGACAAGUCACGAGUUACCUGUGUCAAAUGGGUUCCCGGUUCGGAAAGCCUUUUCCUAGUAGCCCACUCGAGUGGGAGCAUGUACUUAUAUAAUGUGGAGCACACUUGUGGCACCACAGCCCCCCACUACCAGCUUCUGAAGCAGGGAGAGAGCUUUGCCGUGCACACUUGCAAGAGCAAAUCCACGAGGAACCCUCUCCUUAAGUGGACGGUGGGCGAGGGGGCCCUCAACGAGUUUGCUUUCUCCCCAGAUGGCAAGUUCUUAGCGUGCGUGAGCCAGGAUGGGUUUCUGCGGGUGUUCAACUUUGACUCAGUGGAGCUGCACGGUACGAUGAAAAGCUACUUUGGGGGCUUGCUGUGUGUGUGCUGGAGCCCGGAUGGCAAGUACAUCGUGACAGGUGGCGAGGACGACUUGGUGACAGUCUGGUCCUUUGUAGACUGCCGAGUAAUAGCCAGAGGCCACGGGCACAAGUCCUGGGUCAGUGUCGUAGCAUUUGACCCUUAUACCACUAGUGUAGAAGAAGGUGACCCUAUGGAGUUUAGUGGCAGCGACGAGGACUUCCAAGACCUUCUUCAUUUUGGCAGAGAUCGAGCAAAUAGUACACAGUCCCGGCUCUCCAAACGGAACUCUACAGACAGCCGCCCCGUAAGUGUCACGUAUCGGUUUGGUUCCGUGGGCCAGGACACACAGCUCUGUUUAUGGGACCUUACAGAAGAUAUCCUUUUCCCUCACCAACCCUAUUUGGGUUUUAAAGGCAAGACUACUGACAUGUGCCUGUUAAAGAAACACGUCG